UAAAAGCCAUGGCAUUUUCACUUCACAUGUACCGAAAAACAAAUAAACAAAUCUAGAAAUCUUUGAGCUUUAAAUUUACUUCUGUAUUUUUAGUUAGUAUAAUUAAUUUAAUCCUUUGAUUUAAUAUUUUUAAUUUUAUACACAUGUCUAAAUCGCUUGCCAAGAACGCUUUAGCAAUAAUCGAUUCAGAUGAUGAUGAUGUUCAAUCAACUUCAAAAGGAUCAGGAGAACAUAUUUCAACUAAUAAAUAUGGAUUAAAAAAGGAACAAGCCAGGCUGAAGAAGAGAGCUUCAAAGAAAAAAGGAAAGGUUAUUUGUGAUGGUAUAACCAGUAAAAAAUCAACUUUGGAGCGAUUUAGAAAUGAUCAAAAAAGUAAUAAGGUUAAAAAAAAUCUCAAAAAAUUGGAAAAACUAAAGUCUGUUAAGGUUGACAAAAAUAUUACACGAAAGGUGCUUGAAGGAUUAGAUGCUAUGAAAAGAAAACAAACUCAAGAAGAACCCCAAGAUGAUAAAGAUGAACCAUUCUUCACAGAAGACGAUUUCCAAUACUACGUGAGGAGCAUAAUAUGAUUCUUAAAUAUUUAUAGAUGUAAUUAAAUUUCUUAUUAAAAAUUCUGUUAAGAAAAAACUACAA